CCUUUUCCUUCCUAUUACUCUCAGAUGCUAAUGGCUGUGUCUGCCUUUCUCUUCCUACUAUUCUCAAGGAGCUACCUUUCCCCUUGCUUCCCUUGUUGAUCCGCUCUCCUACUGGAAACACCAUUUCCUAUUCAUCACCCACAUACUCCUUCAUACACAGGCUGUCUUCAUCCCAGAGUGAGAAUCACGAGAAGGCUGUGACAACAACAUGCUGAAGAAAUUGCUGUUGAAGACUAAGAGCAAGAAGAAGAAGGAUGCUGCCUCUUCUGCCCUCCCCACUUUGGAUCGCCUGCACGAGACCCUGGAAAUGCUGGAGAAGAAAGAGCGUUUUCUUCAGAAGAAGUCUUCUGCAGAAGUAGAAAAGGCGAAGGAUUAUACAAAGGCAAAGAACAAGAAUGCUGCAAUUCAAUGUUUAAAGAAAAAGAAGUUCUAUGAAACACAAAUUGAGCAGCUGUCAAAUUUUCAAUUGCGAGUCCAUGAUCAGAUUAUAAUGCUUGAGAAUGCUAAGGCAACUACUGACACAGUUGAUGCUCUGCGCUCUGGAUCAUCUGCUGUCAAAGCUAUUCAACAGUCCCUGAGUAUUGAUGACAUUGAAAAUGCAAUAGAUGAUGCGAACGAGCAAACAGAAAACAUGAAACAGAUACAGGAAGCACUUGCAACACCAUUCGGUGCUUCAGCUGAAUUCGACGAGGAUGAGUUAGAGGCGGAGCUGGAAGAUCUCGAGGAUGAAGAGCUGGAAAAUGAGCUGCCUGAACCACCACAGGGGAUACCCGUGGCGCCAUCUGCGUCCGAGGCAAAGUCUUCCCGACCGAUGGCCAAUGAUUUCGCUGAACUGACCAAGCUCCAAGCAGAGAUGGCCCUUUAGAAACUGUGUUUCAGGUAGGAUGCUGACAUUGCAACCUCUGUAUAAAUCGCAGACAUUCUGAUGCAUGCAUGUUGUGAAAUUGAGCCUGUUUUGUCGAACAUCCAUUCCAGCCACUGCACUUCUUAACUGAAUGGCAGCGCUCUUAGGUUCCUGUUUCCCGUCUAUUGCAUCUUGAUCAAAUGAUUUGCAUAGGCUUUUGGAGAAUUGAAAUCCUUAGGAAAUUGGCCUACGAUGUUUGAUUUGUAGGAUUCAACCCUAUAGAAUUUUCUGAAGAAAUCAUUUUCCUUUGCACUA